CCAGAAGCCACGUGACUGCAGUGACCUCAUCUGUCCUCCUUUUACCGGACUGGAUCUAGCUACUACCAGGUGUCACAUUUAUAGCAUCUGACUCAGUCACUGACAAAGAACAAGAUGAACACAUGCAGGAAGCUGAUGGCAGAGCAGUUCCUGAGUCAGGCCCUGGGCAUCAUCUGCCUGCUGACCGGAGAGAUGUAAACAAUGCUAAAAUUGUAUGUAACACGGAACAAACAGAAGAUCGGUGGCUAAGUAAUAUGACAGAAGCUGCAGAGCAGGGAAUAUGUGACAAAAUAAGUACAGGUGAAAAAGAUGCUAAGAUUUCAUGUAACACAGAACAAACAGAAGAUCAGUGGCUAAGUAAUAUGCCAGAAGCAGCAGAGCAGGAAAUAUGUGACAAUAUAAAUACAGUUGAAAAAGAUGCUAAGAUUUCAUGUAACACAGAACAAUCAGAAGAUCAGUGGCUAAGUAAUAUGCCAGAAGCGGCAGAGCAGGAAAUAUGUGAAUUCACAAAUCACAAUAAUCCUAGUCAUGAUCAGAGUGCAGAUGCUUCUUUAAAUCUUCAUCAAAGAAGCCAAGUGGGAAAUUUAUGUUCUGAAUGUGGGAAAUAUUUUCUCAAGAAAUCAUAUCUUUAUAGACAUCUGAAAGUUCAUAAAGGAGAAAAACCAUUUUCCUGUUCUAUAUGUGGGACAUGUUUUAACCGUAAAGGGAAUCUUGUUGUUCAUCAGAAAAUUCAUACAGGAGAAAAAGAAAAGUCAUGUUCUGUAUGUGGGAAAUGUUUUACUCGGAAGUCGUAUCUUAUUGUCCAUCAGAAAAUUCAUACAGGAGAGAGAGAAUUUUCAUGUUCUGAAUGUGGGAAAUAUUUUCUCAAGAAAUCAUAUCUUUAUAGACAUCUGAAAGUUCAUAAAGGAGAAAAACCAUUUUCCUGUUCUAUAUGUGGGACAUGUUUUAACCGUAAAGGGAAUCUUGUUGUUCAUCAGAAAAUUCAUACAGGAGAAAAAGAAAAGUCAUGUUCUGUAUGUGGGAAAUGUUUUACUCGGAAGUCGUAUCUUAUUGUCCAUCAGAAAAUUCAUACAGGAGAGAGAGAAUUUUCAUGUUCUGACUGUGGGAAAUGUUUUACUCAGAAAUCAAAUCUUAUUACGCAUCAGAAAAUUCAUACAGGAGAGAAAGAAUUUUCAUGUUCUGACUGUGGGAAAUGUUUUACUCGGAAGUCGUAUCUUAUUGUCCAUCAGAAAAGUCAUACAGGAGAGAGAGCAUUUUCAUGUUCUGACUGUGGGAAAUGUUUUACUCUAAAAUCACAUCUCAUUGAUCAUCAGAAAAUUCAUACAGGAGAGAGAGCAUUUUCAUGUUCUGACUGUGGGAAAUGUUUUACUCAGAAAUCAAAUCUUAUUAUGCAUCAGAAAAUUCAUACAGGAGAGAGAGGAUUUUCAUGUUCUGACUGUGGGAAAUGUUUUACUCAGAAAUCACAUCUUAUUACGCAUCAGAAAAUUCAUACAGGAGAGAGAAUUUUCAUGUUCUGACUGUGGGAAAUGUUUUACACGGAAACUACAUCUUAUUCGUCAUCAGAAAAUUCAUACAGGAGAGAGAGCAUUUUCAUGUUCUGACUGUGGGAAAUGUUUUACUCGGAAACCACAUCUUAUUCGUCAUCAGAAAAUUCAUACAGGAGAGAGAGCAUUUUCAUGUUCUGAGUGUGGGAAAUAUUUUACUCUAAAGUCAAAUCUUACUAAGCAUCAGAAAAGUCAUAUUAAAGGAAAUAAGAACAUAACCACUUAAAGGACCUCUCAUUGCAGAAGAAUUGCAUAAUAAACAAUUGCAUAAUAAAAAGACAAUGAUUUAACACCUACUCUGAAUUUCAAAUAAGCAGUUGAUUUUCUUCUGUCAAAUUAAUUUUUCUCCCAUUUUCCGGCACCCUGGAUCAUGUGACAGACAUCAGCCAAUCACACACUAGUAUGCGUAAACCCUGUGAGCUUGUGCACAUGCUCAGUAGGAUCUUGUUCCCCAGAAAGUGUGAAGAUAAUUUGAUAAUGGAAGUACAUUGUAAAGUGUCUUUAAACUUUUAUGAUUCAGAAAGAGCAUGCAGUUUUUUUUUUACUUGAGUUUCCCUUUAAGAGAAGAGUGGCAUGUAGUUAUCACCCACACAAUACCUAGUAAUGAUAAUGACUACGUUAUCCUUGGGGGGGGGGGCGCUUUUGAAGUAGUUUGAGGCUCCUUCUGCACUGCAAAAGUUUACUAGGUGGCUUACUGUAUGUAUUUUAAUAGCCAAGUGAUCACAUGGCACAAAUAAAAUGCCCUGUUGAUGAAGCCGUCUUUGCAAUUUAGGUACUGUUGAAGGCAUUCUAGUCAGUUUAUCACUGAGGUGACAGAGUUCGGAAUUGAAAUUGACCAGUUGUUUAGGAUAUGCCCCUAUGUUAUUAUAAAAAAUGCAAAAGCCCUUGUCUGGAUUAGGAGUGCCCCCCCUUGUUGCAUACAAUGAUAACACUACAUUUUUUUUUUCAUUUUUGAUGUUUAAUUGCUAAAUUAUAUAUUAUAAAUAUAUUCUCUAUUUAUGCUAUGAUCCAGAACAGUUUUGACUAGAGUUGAGAAAAAAAAAAUAUUUUUACACUGUAUUGUUUAUGACCUUAUUUAUUAAAAUGGUUCUAAAAACAAAAA